AUGCAGCCCUGCCCAACUUGCCGUCGGCACGACCAACUUGCUCGAGCUGCUGGGAGCCCUGCCGCGGCCAAAGCUUUAUUUAAAUCCCGACUGCACAUCGUCGGAAGACGCUCAACCGUGCGCGAACGCGGCGCCACCAACGCCGUUUUGCAGAACCUGAGGGAUGUGAGAUCGCGGCUUCGUUCGAGCAAGAUGAGAGAUUCCGAUAAGAUAGCCGGAGGGCAGCAGACAGCGGAGAAAUUGUCGGCCAAUAACGAGCUGCGAAAAAUCUCGAGGCGAGAAGCAAAGGAUCGCGGAUGCGAAGUUCUCCCGAACGACAUCAUCAUCGUCAUCGUCAUCUUCUUCGUCUUCUUCACCAUCGCAUUCACCUCACCGUUUGGCCGUCUCGACAUGACUGCACCGAUCAAUCAGAGCGGUCUCGAAGCGCUGCUUGACUCCUCGCGCAUCGGCGUCCUGGACGGAGGACUGGCCACCUAUCUCGAAGAUGGACUCAACUUUGACCUCUCCAAAGGACCACUGUGGAGCGCACGACUGCUCGACGAAAAGGAGGAGGACGUCAGCAACGGCAAGGGACAAAAGGGCAUCUUCGAUGCGCAUCUCCACUACCUGCAAGCGGGUGCGGGUAUCAUCGGUACUUCGACUUAUCAGGCGUCGCUGGAAUCGUUUGAGCGCGCCCAGUACGACCAGGAGUCGGCAUCGCGCAUCAUGUCUAAAGCAGUUGACCUGGCGUGCGAAGCCGUCAACACUUACAACAGCGGCAGCAAUGCUGUCCGUCCCUUGAUCAGUCUCAGCCUUGGGCCCUACGGUGCCAUGCUCAGCAACGGCGCGGAAUAUACCGGCGACUAUCGACGCACGUUCCUCGCGGAAUCGGACCCGCAGCGCGAGCAACAACCGUCGAUCGAAGAGAUGGCAGCAUUCCACCAGCGAAGGAUCCAGGCGUUCGUGGCGCAGCCUAGCUGGAAGGACGUUGGUGUGCUGGCGGUGGAGACGGUGCCACGAGCAGACGAAGCACUCGCUUUCCGUAUCGCGCUCGAAAACGUGGUAAAGAGCCACGCCCAACGAGGCAUCGCGCUGGAGAAGAAGCCCGUUUAUAUCAGUUUAGCGUUCCCGGACGAUCGACGCCUGCCCUGGCCGCCUCUGAACACCGGAAACAACAACGACGAGACGGACGGUGACGUUGACAUGGAUGAAGACGACGACGAGGAUGCUGCGGACCAAGACGGCGCGGUGCAGGAGGAGAUGGACUGGCUCGUGCAGAUUGUCAGCGACACUGUCGUACAGGGUCAAGAGUCGCAGUGGCCGAUCUCGGGCAUCGGCAUCAACUGCACCAAGCCGUACCUGCUUCCCAGGCUGGUCGAGCGUAUGUCGGCAUCGCUCGCGACGCUCAACCGUUCGGCGAGCGAGGGCGGAUGCGAUCUGGAGCGCAAGAGGAGCGCGCUGGGCAUGCAGAAGCCGCUGCUGUUCCUGUACCCCGACGGCGGGCUCGUUUACGACCCAGUCCGAAAAGUUUGGCUCACACCCUCCACCGCAGGACCGUACGGAGGCGACAACUCGGCCGCAUCGUGGGCUGCCAACCUAAUGAAGCUCGCCAAGCGCAUCACGUCGAGCGGCGAUGCGAGCUUCCCAGACGUGUGGAGCGGCGUCUUUGUCGGCGGCUGCUGCAAGAGCGGAACGGACGAGAUCAGGGCGCUCUGCCAGUGCAGAUCGCUCUGA